AUGGCCGGGCCAUGGCGGCGGGCGCAGGUUACGUGCGGCUCUGGGGCGCGGCGCGGAGUUGGGCGCUGCGGCGGCCGCUGCUGGCCGCACCGGGGGGCGGGUCCCGACUGCGACCGGAGCCUGGCUCUCCAGAGCCCGGCGGACCUGCGACGCGUCGCUUCCCUGGGCGUCGUGGGCCGCGGCCCCGCAGCUGCCUGCCAGUGGCGGGGGCUCUGGGAAGCGAGCAGCCGCGGCGGUGGCGCUUUCUCGGGCGGCGAGGAGGCCUCCGAGGGCGGCGCGGAGGAUGGGACCGGAGGCGCGGGGGGCAGCCCGGGCGGCGGGGAGGGCCCGGUCAUAACGGCGCUCACGCCCAUGAUGAUCCCGGACGUGUUUCCGCACCUGCCGCUCAUCGCCGUCACCCGCAACCCGGUCUUCCCUCGCUUCAUCAAGAUUAUCGAGGUAAAAAAUAAGAAGUUGGUUGAGCUGCUGAGAAGGAAAGUUCGUCUUGCCCAGCCAUAUGCCGGUGUCUUUCUAAAGAGAGAUGACAACAAUGAAUCCGACGUGGUCGAAAGCCUGGAUGAGGUCUACCACACGGGGACAUUUGUCCAGAUCCACGAGAUGCAGGACCUUGGGGACAAGCUGCGCAUGAUCGUCAUGGGACACAGAAGGAUCCACAUCAACAGGCAGCUGGAGGUGGAGCCUGAGGAGCCGGAGGCCGAAAACAAACAGAAGACCCGUAGAAAGCCGAAGCGGGAUAAGCAGGAGGCGGAGGGGGAUCUGAGCGUCAAACGACAGAUGGAGGUGGUGAUGGAGCCCCCCUCAGGCACCCCUGGGGAGGUGCUCAUGGUGGAGGUUGAGAACGUCGUCCACGAGGACUUCCAGGUCACGGAAGAGGUGAAAGCCCUGACUGCUGAGAUCGUGAAGACCAUCCGGGACAUCAUCGCCCUGAACCCCCUCUAUAGAGAGUCGGUGCUGCAGAUGAUGCAGGCAGGCCAGCGGGUGGUGGACAACCCCAUCUACCUGAGCGACAUGGGUGCCGCGCUGACCGGGGCCGAGUCCCACGAGCUGCAGGACGUCCUGGAGGAGACCAACAUCCCCAAGCGGCUGUACAAGGCCCUCUCCCUCCUCAAGAAGGAGUUUGAACUGAGCAAGCUGCAGCAGCGCCUGGGGCGGGAGGUGGAGGAGAAGAUCAAGCAGACGCACCGCAAGUACCUCCUGCAAGAGCAGCUGAAAAUCAUCAAGAAAGAGCUGGGCCUGGAGAAGGAGGACAAGGACGCCAUCGAGGAGAAGUUCCGGGAGCGCCUGAAGGAGCUCGUGGUCCCCAAGCACGUCAUGGACGUCGUCGACGAGGAGCUGAGCAAGCUCGGCCUGCUGGACAACCACUCCUCGGAGUUCAACGUCACCCGCAACUACCUGGACUGGCUGACGUCCAUCCCCUGGGGCAAGUACAGCGAUGAGAACCUGGACCUGGUGCGAGCCCGGGAGGUGCUGGAGGAGGACCACUACGGGAUGGAGGACGUGAAGAAGCGCAUCCUGGAGUUCAUCGCCGUCAGCCAGCUGCGCGGCUCCACCCAGGGCAAGAUCCUCUGCUUCUACGGCCCCCCUGGUGUGGGCAAAACCAGCAUCGCCCGCUCCAUCGCCCGCGCCCUCAACCGCGAGUACUUCCGCUUCAGCGUCGGGGGCAUGACGGAUGUGGCCGAGAUCAAGGGGCACAGGCGGACGUACGUGGGGGCCAUGCCCGGCAAGAUCAUCCAGUGCCUGAAGAAGACCAAGACGGAGAACCCCCUGGUCCUCAUAGACGAGGUGGACAAGAUCGGCCGGGGCUACCAGGGGGACCCCUCGUCGGCACUGCUGGAGCUGCUGGACCCCGAGCAGAACGCCAACUUCCUGGAUCACUACCUGGAUGUGCCCGUAGACUUGUCCAAGGUGCUGUUCAUUUGCACGGCCAACGUCACGGAGACCAUCCCCGAGCCACUGCGCGACCGCAUGGAGAUGAUCAACGUGUCGGGCUACGUGGCCCAGGAGAAGCUCGCCAUCGCCGAGCGGUACCUGGUACCCCAGGCCCGCGCCCUGUGCGGCCUGGACGAGAGCAAGGCCAAGCUGUCAGCGGACGUGCUGACCCUUCUCAUCAAGCAGUACUGCCGGGAGAGCGGCGUGCGCAACCUGCAGAAGCAGGUGGAGAAGGUGCUGCGGAAGUCGGCCUACAAGAUCGUCAGCGGCGAGGUGGAGGCAGUGGAGGUGACGCCCGAGAACCUGCAGGACUUCGUGGGGAAGCCCGUGUUCACCGUGGAGCGCAUGUACGACGUGACGCCGCCGGGCGUGGUCAUGGGGCUGGCCUGGACCGCCAUGGGCGGCUCCACGCUGUUUGUUGAGACCUCCCUGCGGCGGCCCCGGGACAAGGACAGCUCGGGGGACAAGGACGGGAGCCUGGAGGUGACGGGCCAGCUGGGGGAGGUGAUGAAGGAGAGUGCCCGCAUUGCCUACACCUUUGCCAGGGCCUUCCUGAUGCAGCGCAACCCCUCCAACCAGUUCCUGGUGACCUCCCACCUCCACCUGCACGUGCCAGAGGGCGCCACCCCCAAGGACGGCCCGAGCGCCGGCUGCACCAUCGUCACGGCGCUGCUCUCCCUGGCCCUGGACCAGCCUGUGCGCCAGGAUCUGGCCAUGACUGGCGAGGUCUCCCUUACUGGCAAGAUCCUGCCUGUCGGUGGCAUCAAGGAGAAGACCAUCGCAGCCAAGCGUGCGGGGGUGACGUGCAUCGUCCUGCCGGCCGAGAACAAGAAGGACUUCCAUGACCUGGCGGCCUUCAUCACUGAGGGCCUGGAGGUGCACUUCGUCCAGCACUACCACGAAGUCUUUGCCAUCGCCUUCCCAGGUGCAGAAGAGCAGGCCGUGGAGCGGUGAUGGCUGCCCCAGGCACCGUCGGUAGUGGAUGGACGAGGCCCGAACUGUGCUGGGGAGGGGAAUCUCACCCUGAGCCACCAGAACGCUUGGACCCUGGACCCUGGGAACCUCGAUUAUGGCUGAAUUAAUUAGUCUGACAUGAGCUAUUUAAUUAUGAUUAAAAGACAUUUUCAGUACUG